AUCUGGUCCAUCUUCUUCUCGGCUUUCCUGUUCAGUGUUCGCUGCUUCAUACAAACAAUCAAGAGAGAGAAAGAGGAGAGAGAGAGCCGAGAGAGAGGAAUGUUACCGCAGCAAUGGUCGUCUCCGUGCGGUAACCAAUGCACUCAGAAAUACGCAGCCCUAACUAAGAUUCCAUGGCGAGUCUUUUGCAAAAAAGGGUGUGAUGCUGACGGAGAUUGUUUCCAAGAAUGUUUGGAUGAAUGCACUGAGAUAUGCUAUAAGGAUCCUGUCUUAAAGGACCAGCAAUGGAGCGCUUACAUUGACCGCUCUCCUGGAGCUGAUAGCUACUCCGAGCUAUGUUUCUCCGCUUGUGUAUCCGGAUGUGGUUACAAGUUUGAGGUUCCAUCAGAAGAAGUUGAUAAAGCACGUCCGAAUAGGCCGCCUAAGCCGCUGCCUGCUCCAAAGCCGGUUCCCCCACCUGUUGAACCCAAAGAAAACUCUGAAGACCUACCAAGCAUUUCUGCAUAAUGGAGAUCUAAUCCAAACUAAAUCUUACAAUAUUUUUAACACCUUAUCAAGAUAGUAAGUAGGCUAAGGCAUUUUGCUAGAAUGUUUUCCCCAACCAUUUCAAUCCUGUUGUACUUUAGUUUGGUCUAGAGGGAUUCUGUUUUUUGGGGGAGAAAGAUUUGUGUUUUUUGAUCUUCGUUGGAUCCCCAAAGCCUUGACUCACCCUAACAUCCGGUUAACCAGAUUUUGAUAGCUUAGAAACGGAACUCAAAAUUGGUUCCCUUCUCCUCUUUUCUGAAGAGAAAUAUAGUUUCUUCUGGGAAAAUACUAGGUUACAAUGUAUUAAAAUGAUAGAUAUCAGCAUCUACUUGUUCUGUGUUGAUCUAUUAUCAAAGGGUAUGAAAAGUUUGGCACAGAAACAAGAUCUCUCAGCAUUGCAAGAGAAUGAAAUGAAUAAAUAAAUUUCGACAUUUUGCUUCUAA